AUGAAUUUGCUUUUCUCGCUUCCAGCUGCAGCAGCGGGCUUGGGAGCCUCGCUGCGCGGCACUAGAAAGGGCGAAGGGUCUUCUUUUGAAGGCAAUGGGCCCUCGCCGAAGCAGCAGCAGCAGCAGCAGCAGCAGCAGCAGCAACAGCAGCGAAGCAGCAGCAAUAGCAGCAGCAGAGAGUUGACCGCUUUCUGCUCCCAGCAGCCUUCUGCCCGCACUCCUCGGACAAAAACCCGCACCAUCCGCAGCAGCAGCAGCAGCAGCAGCAGCAGCAGCAGCAGCAGCAGCAGCAGCAAGAUGAACUACGAGGCCCACGAGCCUCUCUUUGAGGGGGCCCCCCUCGAGGGGCCCCCCGACUGGGACGGCGACGGCUGGGCCGCCAUAGUCAGUUCAAUGCUGCUGGGGGCCCCCCAGAACAUGGGGGGUACUUCUUUGUUGGGGGCCCCCGGGUGGCCUGCUCCUCCUGAGUCUGGUCUGCUGCAGCAGCAGCUGCAGCAGCAGCAGCUGCAGCAGCAGCAGUUGCAGCAGCAGCAGGUGCAGCAGCAGCAGGUGCAGCAGCAGUUGCAGCAGCAGCAGUUGCAGCAGCAGCUGCAGCAGCAGCUGCAGGAGCAGCAGCUGCAGCAGCAGCUGCAGCAGCAGCUGCAGCAGCAGCUGCAGCAGCAGCAGUACAAGCGUUGCCUGGGGGCGUUUGGCGGGAGCAGCAGCGAGGGCGCUGCUGCUGCUGCUGCGCAGCCCACGGAAGUGGGGGGCCCCCCGUCUCUGUGCUGCAGCAGCCCCGCAGCAGCAGACAGCAGCGCUGCUGCUGCUGCAGCAGCUAAGAGGCACCUGCGGCCCCGUGUGGGGCCCCGGGCGAAGCGGCGGCGAAGACAAAAAGGAGACAGUGAAGAUUCGGAAGCAAGUGACUGGCUGCCUCGAGGUUCUUCCGCAGAAGCAGCAGCAGCAGCAGCAGCAGCAGCGCGGUGGCCGACGCCGCCGUCUGCUGCUGCUGCUGCUGCUGCUGCUGCAGGGGGCGCGGCUGCGGGGGCGGGGAGCCGGCCGCGGCAGAAGCAGCAGCGGCUGCUGCGGCAGCAGCAGCAGCAGCAGGAGCAGCAGGAGGACAGCGACGACUCGACGGUGUCCGUGGGUUCUCUCUCGCUCGCUCACCAGCCGCCGCGCCCCCCCCCUCCGCAGCAGCAGCAGCAGCAGCAGCAGCAGCAGCAGCAGCAGCAGCCCGGCUUCCGGCUGUCGCGUUCUCCGUACCCGUGCAGCAGCAGCAGCAGCAGCAGCAGCAGGGCGUGUGUGUCGUCUCCCGCGUGCGCGUUUUCGCGCCUCCCCGCGAGCUUCGCCUCCCCCGCGCCCCCCGCAGCAGCAGCAGCAGCAGCAGCAGCAGCAGCAGCAGCAGCAGCAGCAAAACUCGAAAAUGCUGCACUUAAUGACUACGACAUGUGCGAAAUCGCCCUCGAGUGGCACCUCCCCGAACUCAAAGAAACCCCACAAAGGCCCCGCGGCCUCGUGCCG